CUCUCAUUCCCAGGGCGGGCACCGACGGAGCGGCGCUGCGGGCCCCGCGCGCCCGGAGACCCAGGCUGAGAUGCGGCUGCUCCUUCUGGUGCCCCUGCUUCUGGCCCCGGCACCUGGGUCCUCGGCUCCCAAGGUGAGGCGGCAGAGUGACCCCUGGGGUCCCUGGGGCAGCUGGAGCCCCUGCAGCAGGACCUGCGGAGGGGGCAUCAGCUUCCGGGAGCGCCCCUGCUACUCCCAGAGGAGAGAUGGAGGCUCCAGCUGCGUGGGUCCUGUCCGGAGCCACCGCUCUUGCCGCACUGAGAGCUGCCCCGCCGGGGCCAGGGACUUCCGGGCGGAGCAGUGCUCCCAGUUCGAUGGCCAGGACUUCCAGGGAAAGCGUUACAAGUGGCUGCCCUACUACGGGGCCCCGAACAAGUGUGAACUGAACUGCAUUCCCAAGGGGGAGAACUUCUACUACAAGCACAGGGAGGCUGUCGUGGAUGGGACACCUUGUGAGCCUGGCAAACGGGAUGUGUGCGUGGAGGGCGGUUGCCGGGUCGUCGGCUGUGACCACAACCUAGACUCAUCAAAGGAGGAGGACAAGUGUCUGCAGUGUGGGGGUGAUGGCACCACCUGCUACCCCGUCACAGGCACCUUUGAUGCCAAUGACCUCAGCAGAGGCUACAACCAGAUCCUCAUAAUUCCCUCGGGGGCCACCAGCAUCCGAGUGGAGGAGGCGGCUGCCAGCAGGAACUUCCUGGCGGUGAAGAGCGUCCGUGGCGAAUACUACCUCAACGGGCACUGGACCAUCGGAGGAGCCUGGGCCCUGCCUGUGGCCAGCACUGUCCUGCACUACGAGCGAGGGGCCGAGGGGGACCUGGCGCCAGAGCGGCUCCUUGCUCGCGGCCCCACCUCCGAGCCCCUAGUCAUCGAGCUUCUCAGCCAGGAGCCCAACCCGGGCAUCAGCUAUGAGUACCACCUGCCCCUGGGCAGCCCCCGCCCUGGCUUCCACUGGAGCCACGGCUCAUGGAGCGACUGCAGCACCGAGUGCGGCGGAGGUCACCAGUCCCGCCCAGUGUUCUGCACCACUGACAACGAGGUCUACCCUGACCGCAUGUGCCAGCACCAGCUGCGGCCGGCUGACCGUCGCCCCUGCAGCACUCACCCGUGUCCACAGACCAAACGGACCUCUUACCUGCACCAGCCCAGAGCGUGGCACCUUGCUGGGGCCCAGCGUGCCUGCAGGAACAGCUGGAAGACCGGGCCCUGGUCGCCCUGCUCAGCCUCCUGUGGCGGUGGCUCCCAGUCCCGCUCUGUCUACUGUGUCUUGUCCGAUGGGGCUGGCGUCCAGGAGGCCACUGAGGAGGCCGAGUGUGCGGGCCUGCCCGGGAAGCCCCCUGCCACGCGGCCUUGCAACCUGCAACGCUGUGCAUCCUGGAGCGUGGAGCCCUGGGGAGAGUGCUCUGUCAGCUGUGGUGCUGGGAUCCGGAAGCGCAGCGUCACUUGCCGGGGAGACGAGGGGUCCCUGCUCCACGCCACAGCAUGCUCCUUGGAGGACCGUCCCCCCGCCUCUGAGGCCUGUGUGCAUGGAGACUGUCCCCCCAUCAACGACCAGGCCUGGCACGUGGGCGCCUGGGGUCUAUGCUCCAAGAGCUGCGGCUCGGGCAUUCGGCGGCGCCAGGUCGUCUGUGCCAUCGGGCCACCCAGCCACUGCGGCAGCCUGCAGCAGCCCAAGCCCGGGGAGGUGGAGCCCUGUAACACACAGCCCUGCCACCCCCCUCCAGGCAUCCCCAGCAUGCAGGACGUGCACAGCAGCCCAGGGGGUCCUCGGAUAUCUUUGGGGCCUCAGGCAGCCCCUAUCUCAGAUUCCAGAGACCGGUGGUGGGCCCCUCAGGAGCAGCCCUCAGUCCAGGGAAACCCCAGAGGAGCCCAGGGCCUCCACCUGCCAGACCCAGCCCCCUCUCUGCAGCAGUCGCCACAUGGGCAGCCCCAGCAGUCUGGCUUGGCUCCCCACGACUGCAGACUCAGCCCCUAUGGGUGCUGUCCUGACGGCCACACCGCAUCUCUUGGGCCGCAGUGGCAGGGCUGUUCUGGGGCCCGGUGUCAGCAGAGCAGGUACGGGUGCUGCCCUGAUGGGUUGUCUGCGGCUGAGGGGCCCCAUCAGGCUGGCUGUGCAGAAUCUUACAGCAGUGACAAGACUGGCAGAAGGCCAGUGUCCAGAGCAGUGGCUUCCACGGCCCCCAAGGCCCACCAACCCCAGGCUCAACAGAAUGAGCCCAGUGAGUGCCGGGCCUCCCAGUUUGGCUGUUGCUUUGACAAUGUGGCCUCUGCUGCUGGCCCUCUUGGGGAAGGCUGUGCAGGCAAGCCCAGCUAUGCGUACCCUGUUAGGUGCCUGCUGCCCAGUGCCCACGGCUCCUGCACGGACUGGGCUGCCCGCUGGUACUUCAUCCCCUCAGUGGGCCAGUGUAACCGCUUUUGGUAUGGUGGGUGCCACGGCAAUGGCAAUAACUUUGCCUCCGAAGAGGAGUGUGUGAGCAGCUGCCGGGGACCUCAGCAGGAGCCCCGCAGCCCCAAGCCCGGGGCCUCUGGCCAGAGCACCCAUGGAGACGGUGGUGGCAGCCGUCCUGGAGGCCAGCAAGAGGCGGGCUGGCACAGGAUGGGGGCCACAGUCCAGACGAAGCCUUUGCCUUCUGGUGGCCUCUGGUGGCGAGAUGGAGAGCCUGGGCCUGGAGAGGAGGGCCACACCUGGGCCUUUGGAGAGAGGCCCCAGGGCCGGGAGCUUGGGCCCAGUGCCCCUGGACUGGGUGGAGAUGCCAGGAGGCCAGCGCCACCCUCCCACAGCUCUUCCUACAGGAUCAGCUUGGCAGGCUCGGAGCCCGCCUUGGUGCAAGCGGCCCUGGGGCACUUGGUGCGGCUCUUCUGCCGAGAUGACACCUCCCCGGAGCCCCAUGCCAGGUGGCAGAAAGAUGGGCGGCCCGUCUUCUCUGACAGGCACAAGCUGCAGCCUGAUGGCUCCCUGGUCAUCAGUCCCCUGCGGGCAGAGGAUGCUGGCACCUACAGCUGUGGCAGCAGCAGGUCAGGCCGUGACUCUCAGAGGAUCCAGCUUCGUGUCACAGGGGGUGACGUGGCCGUGCUGUCUGAGGCUGAGCCAAGGCACUUCCCUCAGACCAGGGACCCAGCCCAGGGCCACAGUCCUCGGGACUCCAGCCUAGUGGGGAACGCGGGGGGCCUGGGGGCUGUCUCCUCCUUGCAGAUUCGGCCCACGACCAGACUGCUUCUGGACAGGAACCAGCCUAGGGUCGUGGAUGCCCAUCCAGGCCAGCAGAUCUGGUUGACCUGUCGUGCUGAGGGCUUCCCACCGCCAGCCAUUGAGUGGCAAAGAGAUGGGCAGCCUCUCUCUUCCCCCAGACAUGAGCUGCAGCCUGAUGGCUCUCUGGUCAUCAACCACGUGGCUGUGGAAGAUGGCGGCUUCUACGCCUGUGUCGCUUUCAACGGGCAGGACCGAGACCAGAGAUGGGUCCAGCUCAGAGUUCUGGGGGAGCUGGCCAUCACAGAGCUGCCCUCUGCUAUGCUGGUGCCAGAGGGUGACACGGCCAGGCUGUUGUGCGUGGUGACAGGAGAAAGUGUCAACAUUAGGUGGUCCAGGAACGGGCUGCCGGUGCGCGCUGACGGGCAUCGCGUCCACCAGUCCCCAGAUGGCACACUGCUGAUCCACAACCUGCAGCCCAAAGACGAGGGCUCCUACACGUGCAGUGCCUACCGCGGAAGCCAGGCAGUCAGCCGCAGCACCGAGGUGAAGGUGGGCCCGCCGGCACUGGCCGCCCAGCCCAGGGACCUCAGCAGGGAGUGUAUCGAUCAGCCCGAGCUGGCCAACUGUGAUCUAAUCCUGCAGGCCCAGCUCUGUGGCAAUGAGUAUUACUCCAGCUUCUGCUGCGCUAGCUGCUCCCGCUCCCAGCCUCCCGCUCAGCCUGUCUGGCAGCAAGGAUGAAGGCUAGCUCCAGCCCCAGCCCCGAAGCAGCUCUUAGGCUGCAGUCUCUGGCUGGCAAAGGGAGCGGUCUUCUAGGGAAUGGGCUCUCUCAGCCUCUGACCUCCUCACCCCCUGCCCUGCAGCGCUGCACCUCAGAAACGGCCAGCACCCGCCCCUCGCUUCCAAUACCACAGGCAGCAGUCAAGAGGAGUCUGGAUAAGGAUGUCCUUUACUUUAUGGCUUCCCUCUAUCAUUUCUGUUAUACAGGAUCAAUUCACUGGGUUCUAAAGUAAGCUACCAGGGUUCUCACUUCAUAUAAAGCUGGGUGGAGAGAUGUAAUGGGUUCAAAGUUAACACCUAUCUCACACGGGCACACUAACUCUUGCUGUGUCAGGCAAGUUUUCUUUGCUAGAACUCUCAUCUCAUCUAGAGUCAAACAGUGGUUCAUUACUCUAGUCAACCUCACCCUUCCAGGUAGUGUAGCAACCAGCUUCAACUCUCAUCUGCAUACACAGUUAACAGCAUGGUUGUGAAGGCUCUUGCCAAAGUGGAAUAUGACACGUAAAAGGCUCAGUACAAGAUGUGGGAGGAAGGAGCAGAAGCUGUGUUACUAUGUGAACAUGACAGAAUGGGGCCAGGGGAGUUCCUUACUUUCAUCAGAAGCUGGCGCCUGAAGCCCUCCUCCUGAGACUGACCUGCAGAGCCUGGUGGUGAGGACUGCCUCAUACCUGCAUCAGGCUGACACACCUGCUCUGUACGGUGACCAACUGGGAGCCUCUUCUCCCCAAGCAGGGAUCUGUGAAGCAACAGUUUGCUGCCAGAUAAAAACCAGACUAUUGAAAACAGGCAUCAGCAGGACAGGGGACCAAUGGAGGGGAAGGCAUUGUAUUAACAAUGAAGUGAUUUCAGUUGGAAGAAAUCCUUCUCCAUCUCUUAGAACCUCCAGUUCCUUGCUGCUGAACAAGAGGCCUGGAUUCAAUGAGCUUCCAGGUCCCUUUCUACUUUAACCUUCUACACAUCCUCCAGUGGACUGGCUGGGCCUAAGCAACAGGCUAUUCUGGGACACAGGAAAGACAGGCGUUAUAGGGAAAGCUGAUUUUUAUGACCAACACACUGGCUGGAAAAGAGAAACUGCAUCACGGGUGAGCGAUACUUCUUGGUCUACCUCUCAUUUAACACAGGAAACAUGGGUUAGGGGGAGAGGUAUUUUUUUUCUUUCCAUUUGAAAAAUACAGAGGAGCAUCCCCUUUCAUUUACCAUGCUUGGUUUUGCUAUACAAACUGGAAACUAAGGGCUAUUUUCUUGGACUCCCCAAUUCCUUAGUUGCCAACUGGCAACAUAAUUUAGAAGGUAAGUCUGAGGUUAGCUAGCUCUACUUAAACUAGUCACAGGAUAGUGGGCCAAGGUUAGGGGAAAGAGUAAAACUCAAUCUAGACCAGUGGUUCUCAACCCUCUUCCAUACUGGGAGCUUUUUCUUUAAAAAAAAACAACAAAAAGA